GUUAACAAUUUUUGGACGUGUAUUUUUCUACACAUGUUACUUUUGAGUAAUUUAUUACUAUAAAUACCUUGUAAAUAACAUUUAUAAAUAAUUUGGACGUUUGAAUAAUAGUGUUAAGUGAAUCUAACGACAACUGCCAUGGGGGACGACCAAAAGAUGGAUCAUCGAGCUAGGAAACGUAUCAAAGAAGUCAAGAGGAAAGCGAGACCAGAACUUGCUGAUAAAGCUGCGUGGAUGCAGCAUGGAUACGUCAAGAAAUUCGACAAGUUCUGGGACUUUAAGGACAACGUCGACAGAAUCGAUGAGUCCAAGGUGCCCUGCGAUGAGUUUAUAGAGAGAUACGAAAAAAUUUACAAGCCUGUGAUAAUUCAAGGUGUUCAGAAGGAUUGGAAGGCCCAGUACAAGUGGACGAUAGAGAGAUUAGCCAAAAAAUAUCGUAACCAAAAAUUCAAAUGCGGCGAGGAUAAUGAGGGCUACAGCGUCAAAAUGAAGAUGAAGUACUACGUGCAGUAUAUGCAGAAUAAUGACGACGACUCACCUCUGUACAUCUUUGACAGUUCCUUUGGGGAGCAUCCCCGUAGAAAAAAAUUACUAGAUGAUUAUAUUAUUCCAAAAUAUUUCAGUGACGACUUAUUCCAACACGCUGGUGAACACCGGCGACCGCCUUACCGUUGGUUCGUCAUGGGACCAGAGAGAUCUGGUACAGGGAUCCACAUUGAUCCCCUCGGUACGAGUGCCUGGAACGCCCUGAUCUCAGGCCACAAACGCUGGUGCCUCUUUCCCACCCACACACCCCGUGAACUCCUCAAGGUCACUGGAGCUGAGGGUGGAAAACAGCGUGACGAAGCAAUCACGUGGUUUUCUGUUAUUUAUCCAAGAACAAAGUUACCAACGUGGCCUCAGGAUUGUCUACCCAUUGAAGUCCUCCAGAAUCCUGGCGAGACUGUUUUUGUACCUGGUGGCUGGUGGCACGUGGUCCUUAAUCUUGAUGAAACUAUUGCUGUUACACAGAACUUCUGUUCACGCACGAAUUUUCCUGUUGUUUGGCAUAAAACGGUUCGUGGAAGACCAAAGUUGUCCCGCAAAUGGUUAAAAGUAUUACGAGAGAAGGAGCCGGAGUUGGCAUCUCUCGCUGAGACGAUUGAUGUGAAGGAAGAGACAGGAGUGGCGAGUGAUUCUUCCAGCGGUUCCUCCAGCAGUUCCUCGAGCAGCAGUUCGAGUUCACAGUCCGAGGACAGUGAGGACGACAGCGGACAAGAGUCCCUCUCCGCCCACAAAAAGAAGAAGAGAAGAAAGCUGAACAACCAGCUCUGACAGUGUUACCUCCUCCAAGCCGUCAGUAAACUACGACUGUACAGUAUUAACCAAUUAUUAUUGUUUAUACUGAUAAUAAAUACUAUAAUUGCGAUGAUCUUCCUGUUCGUAAUAAAAUGAAUGCUAGAUUAUGCCAAA